AUGGCUGUAUAUUUCAAGUAUAAAAGUGCUAAAGAUUAUGAUUCAAUUCCGAUUCUUGAUCAAUUUAUUUCUGUUGGGAAUUUGAAAUUAAAAAUAUUUGAAUCCAAGCGUUUCGGUAGGGGUAAAGAUUUUGACCUUCUUAUCACCAACGCUCAAACUAACGAAGAUCAUGUAGAUCAAGACACUUUGAUUCCUAAAAAUACAAGUGUUUUGAUUCGUCGUGUUCCUGGUUUACCUUGCUUGCCCAUAGUAAUCCCAUGUCUUACAGAGCCAAAACUAGACCAAGCCCAAGUGUGUGAGGAGGAUAAUACAGUAGUAAAAGGAGAGUCAAUUGCUGCUAAGAAUUAUCAGGAUAUUGAUUACGAUGAUUUUGGGGAUGAUAUCUAUGCAAUUCCAAAAUUGAUCCCAAAUCAUUCAGGCAAUCCAGUGUUAAAUGCCCCCACUAAUAGUAUAAAUGAUGAGGAGACUAAGAUCAAGAAUUUAAUUGAUACUCCAGACUUAGGGCGGCACCUCCAUUCCUCUAUCGGCUAUGGCUUUGGUCGAGGUGGGAUGGAAUGGAAAAAGCCACCACGGGGUUAUGUGUGUCAUCGAUGCAACGAGCCUGGCCAUUUCAUUCAGCACUGCCCUACGAAUGGUGACCCCAAUUAUGACAUCAAGAAAGUGAAGCCUCCAACAAAGUCCAAUGACGUUGCUUCUUCAAAGGAGGUUCAAGGGUUUUCUUCCUCUUCGUCUUCUUCUAAGCGUUCCUUUAGUAAUAUACCACCGGAGCUACAUUGCCCAUUGUGUAAAGGAUUAAUAAAAGAUGCAGUUAUAGCAAGCAAAUGUUGUUUUAGUAGUUUCUGCGACAAAUGUAUAAGGGAACAUAUUAUCUCUAACUCUAUUUGCGUAUGUGGGGCUAGAAAUAUACUCGCUGACACCCUCUUGCCUAACAUGACUCUAAGAGACACAAUAAACAGAAUCAACAAGUCUAAUAGCAGUAGUUCAGUGCAUGGGGUUAGUGCUCCUCGAGUUCAAGAUAUGGUGUCAGAACACAAUUCCCUCCCUAAAGUACCAUUCCCAUCAGAGUCUGCAGCUGUGAAGGUAGAGGUAUUAUCUGUACCUUCUCAAAAAGGAGAGACUUCUAGGGCUUUAAAGACUGUAGAAGAGUGUCCAAUAGCUGUUGGGGAGGCAGUAAAGAUGAAGAAAAGGAAGAAACCAAGCAUGCCUUUUGAUGGUGCUGCUGUAAACAAGCGAUGGAUAGUUGCUCAAGACCAUGUUGUUGCUGAGAAUUACAUGUUGACCAUGAAUGCUGCUGCCUAUCAUCCUCAUUGGACAGGCAUGCAAUAUACGAGCUAUGGCCAUAGUCCAAUAGAUAUUCAGUUUGGCCAUCCUGUCUUACCAAGGGCGACUCCACCUCUAGGCCAAUAA